AUGAAAUUCACGAGAACAUUUGAAAUCUUGGGCUUUUUUGAGGAUGAGAUAAAAGUAUUCGAAGAAAAGUUUUGUCAUGAAGAUAGGAAUAUCGCUGACCGUAUUCUAAAUAAGAUUGAAAAUUCUCUUGAACUUCGCAGCUUUUGUUAUAUCCCUAUUAACACUAAAAUUGUUUGUAUGACCUUAAAGGAAUGUUUUGCAAAUGAUGAAAACUGUAGUCCAAAGACUAUGACUGAAUUGUACAAUAGAGCAAUUAAAGUUUUACUAUGGCAAAGCCAUCCACUUCUUAGGGGCAAGACUACACCAAAGGAUUACUUAACAAUUCCUUUACCAUCCAAGCUUGAUAAUGAUCUACAAGAAAUAAAACAUGUUGCCAUGGAAGGGCUUAAUAACGGACACCUAAUUUUUGAAAGAGACACUAACAGUAACUUUGAAAAUCUGGAAAACUCUGGCAUUUUCAAUAAGAUUUGUGACAAAAAAAAUCUUUACUGUUUUCUUCAUUUGACUCUUCAAGAGUUUCUUGCAGCGUUGUAUAUUGUUGACGAUUGGCAAAACAUUGGAAAGUUUUUGGAUGAUCAGGCUAAAGAUCCUAAAUGGCAUUUGGUAAUCGAAUUUGCUGCUGGUUUGGUUGGAAAUAUAAAGAAAAAGACGGGAAAAGAUAUCAGCUUUAUUCUAAAGAGGUAUUAA